AAUCAGUCUGGAUCUGAGAUGGUCCAGCAUUCUGCUUAUUGGUCCCACAUAUAGCUGGAAAUUAUCCAGUAGUCAAAAGGAUUUAAUAUCUACCUAAAAAACCCCGCAUCUUCUGCAUUGUUGUGUAAUGUUUCAUAAAGUCACAUGGCUCCUGUUCCAGCAACUGCGGGCAGAUAGCCAGCAUUAGUCAAGGAGCAGCGAUGGAGCACGGCCGUGACUCAUCGCCGCCGCCGAGGAUGCGAUUCAACUAGCCCCACUGUCGUUCGCGGUUCCUGCAGCACCGCCUGAGAAUCUGGCCGCCUGCCAGGCCUGCGUCCGUUUGCUGCGAUAGCCUGCCACACUCCCCACUAGGAGAUUCCAAUGGCAGACAAGCUAAUUAAGCGGCAGCGAAGACCCAGCGAGCCGCUCACUCCUGGCUGGCGGGGAGCAUUGCCUUCUGGAGAACGACGGGUGGCAUGGGCUGUGGAGCGAGAUUUUUGGUUAUGCCACCCCACAGGUUGACUGGCAACCCAACUGUGAAAGAAAAGGGCUGAUCCAACCACCCACCCACUCCAGUUGCCGCCUUUCUGCGUCCCCAUGGCAACAGGAGGCCAUGCUCUCGAGAAGGAUGUGGUAAUCAGCCUACAGACCCUGCCUGUGGAGGAGGAGGAGAAAGACUCCGGUGAUGGACAGGAAGAAAAGGACUGGGAGAAAGCCCUUUCUGUGGAGAGGUUUGGAGACAUCAUCUCGGAGUCUGCCAGCGUCAACGGUGAAAAAAUGGGCCGCAGCUACAACGAGAAGGACUUUGAGUACCACAGACAUACAUUCCAUCACAUCCACCACCCGUUAUCCACCCACCUGCCACCCCCGGUGCGGUUCCGGAAGAGGGCGCUCAGCUCCGAUCGGCGCAGGAAGAAGAAGCGCAAGAAGAGGAGGACCUCUAUACCUCCCUCCGAGUUCACGCCCACCAUUCACGAGGUGGACGAGGAGGAAGCGGAAUCCGACGGCGAGGGACAAGCGGAGGUGGCGACUCCGACGGAGCUGGAGGAUGAAGGCCUGAAGUCCAGCCUAAGAGAUGAAGAGGACCUGGUGCUGCCCCUUGCCUUCGCCAGCUUCCAUAUGGAGGACGAGUGCCUUCCCAGCUCGGAUGCAGCCAAGAACAGCAAUGCAGGCUUGGAGCAAAAUGGACAGAGGCAAGACAACGAGGCCCCCAGUAGGUUCUUGGACAUUCUGGAACCUUCUGGAGAGACCACUCCAACCUGGUUCCACAAAAAGCCCAUGUACCGGCAGAUGGGGCCCCAGAGGGCUAGCUAUGACCUGCGGGAGCGUGUCUGCAUCGGCAGCAUGACCAGUACAGAAACCGCUGUGUACCAGAAGGUGCCCACUGAUGAGGCAGAGGCCCAGAUGCUGGCCACCAUGGACCUGGACGACAUGAAGAGUCACCGAUUUGAGGACAACCCGGGAGUGAGGCGUCACCUGGUGAAAAGGUCGUCCCGUAGUCAGGUGACACGGUGCAGCACCAGCUCGCCUCCUAGGUCCGGCGUUCGGAAGAAGAAAAAGUCGGACAGGAAGACACAUGACGUGUUUGUGGAGCUGAACGAACUGAUCGUGGAUAAGAACCAGGACAUGCACUGGAAGGAGAGGGCUCGCUGGAUUAAGUUUGAGGAGGAUGUUGAGGAGGAGACAGACCGCUGGGGAAAGCCUCAUGUGGCCUCCCUGACCUUCCGUAGCCUGCUUGACCUGCGGAGGACCAUCACUCAUGGCACCGUGCUAUUGGACCUGGAGCAGACCACACUGCCGGGCAUUGCCCACCAGAUAGUGGAGACCAUGAUCAUCUCUGAUCAUAUCAAGCCAGAAGACAGAGCCAAUGUUCUCCGGGCUUUGCUCCUCAAACACAGCCACCCCAAUGAUGAAAAGGAAGGCUUCUUUCCCCACAACAGCUUGGUCCACGGGAUGGGCAGCUCCCAUCACAACCACAACCACGCGCCUGAGCCUCUGCUGCCCCCGGUGGCCGAAUACCAAACUGAGCAUCAGGAGAGCAAGCCUCAGGAGCCUGAGCAAGAGGUGUUUGUGAGCUUGUUUAAAGCUGUCCAUCCCAUCGCCGCUGAAGGCCAUCCGGCUGCCAGAUCCAUGAAACUCCUGACGAAGAUCCCCAAGGACGCUGAGGCCACCGUGGUCUUAGUGGGGUGUGUGGACUUCCUGGAGCAGCCGGCCAUGGCGUUUGUCCGGCUUAAUGAGGCCGUACUCCUCGAGUCGGUGUUAGAGGUGCCGAUACCGGUCCGCUUCCUCUUCCUGCUUUUGGGACCUAGUUAUUUCAACAUGGACUAUCAUGAGACUGGCCGGUCCAUCUCCACUCUCAUGUCUGACAAGAGCUUCCAUGAAGUGGCCUACUUCGCGGAUGACCGUCAGGACCUUCUCAAUGGCAUCAAUGAGUUCCUGGACUGCAGCAUCGUGAUCCCACCCUCUGAUGUGGAAGGGAAAGACCUGCUGAAGAGUGUGUCCUCCUUCCAAAAGGAGAUGCUCCGCAAGAGGAAAGAAAGGGGGAAGAAAGGCAUGAAUGCCACGGCAGGGUCUGAAUUUGAGACCAAGGAGGUGCUCCUAGAAGAACAGGAGGAGGAGGUGCUAGAGGUGGACCCUCUUAAGCGCUCCGGGAUCCCAUUCGGAGGCCUGAUUCAUGACAUCCGUCGCCGUUACCCCCACUAUGUAAGCGACAUUAAGGACUCCAUGGACACGCAGUGCUUGGCUGCCAUUAUAUUUAUCUACUUCGCUGCGCUAUCGCCAACCAUCACUUUUGGGGGACUGCUGGGUGAGUGCUGGCUGUGGAAAAACAGGCAGAAACAAUUAACUCUGACAGGAGAAAAAACAGACGGGAUGAUGGGAGUGUCAGAGCUCAUCGUGUCCACGGCCACACUUGGGCUGUUGUUUUCUUUGCUAGCUGGGCAGCCCCUGCUCAUCAUCGGAUUCUCUGGGCCCCUGCUGGUGUUUGAGGAAGCUUUUUACAACUUUUGUCAGGCUCACGGAUUUGAGUAUCUGACCGCCCGAGUCUGGAUCGGAUUUUGGCUCAUCUUCAUCGUUUUGGUCAUCGUGGCUGCAGAGGGCAGCUUCCUGGUCCGAUAUAUCACCCCUUUCACACAAGAGAUUUUCGCCUUCCUCAUCUCGCUCAUCUUUAUCUAUGAAACAUUCUCCAGGCUUAUCCAGGUCUUCCAGGAGCAUCCAUUGCUGAAGAGUUACCCAGCAGUGACCCCCCAUACUACUAUCGACCUUGUUGAACAUCAUGAGGAGGACCACCAUAGUCACAUGCUUAUGCAGCCCAAUACGGCUCUGCUGUCCCUGGUUCUGAUGCUGGGGACAUUUUUUGUGGCCUUCUUCCUCAGGAAGUUCAGGAACAGUAGGUUCUUGGGUGGAAAGGCCAGAAGAAUCAUCGGAGACUUUGGAAUUCCGAUCUCUAUCCUCUGUUCCGUGAUCGUGGAUUGUGCCAUCCCUGACACCUACACUCAGAAGAUCAAUGUACCCUCUGGCUUCUCAGUCACAUCACCUGACAAGCGAGGCUGGUUUAUCAGCCCGUUUGGGGAUAAACAUCCUUUCCCCAUCUGGAUGAUGGGAGCCUCAGCUGUCCCAGCCCUGCUGGUCUUCAUCUUAAUCUUCAUGGAGACGCAGAUUACCUCGUUGAUCUUAAGUAAGAAGGAGCGCCGUCUGGUCAAAGGCUCCGGAUUCCACCUCGACCUGCUCCUCAUCGUCUUGCUGGGGGCCGUCUGCCCCCUGUUCGGCCUGCCCUGGUUGACGGCCACCACUGUGCGCUCCGUCACCCACGUCAACGCGCUGACUGUCAUGAGCAAAGCCACCGCCCCCGGGGAGCAGCCGGUGAUUCAGGAGGUCAAAGACCAGAGGAUCACCGGCAUGAUGGUCUCUCUGCUCAUAGGCAUGUCCAUUGUGAUGAAGAAUGUGCUGCGACACAUCCCAUUGGCUGUACUCUUUGGGAUCUUCUUAUAUAUGGGCAUCACUUCUCUCACUGGGAUACAGCUGUAUGAGCGCAUCAUGCUCAUGGUCACACCUGCCAAGCACCAUCCUGACCACAUCUAUGUCACUAAGGUGAAGACCUGGCGCAUGAACAUGUUCACAGUCAUCCAACUGAUGUGCAUCGCGCUGCUCUGGGUCGUCAAGUCCACCGUUGCCUCGCUGGCUUUCCCCUUUGUACUUAUCAUGACUGUACCCCUACGCCGUUUGAUUCUCACGCGUGUCUUUGAGGAACGGGAGCUGAAAGCGCUGGAUUCAGAGGAUGGCAUCCCCAAUUUUGAUGAAAAUGGAAAGGAUGAAUAUAAUGAGCUCCACAUGAACGUGUGAUGCUCACACAUUUGGAAGACCCUAAGGGAUUUCCCCAGAGCAGCAGAACUCACCAAUGACUGCAAACGAAAGCAGGACUGUGCAAACUCAGUUGUAGGUACAUAUGUAGGUAUGUCCACACACCAGUGUAUGCACGGUUGACCACGUAGCACACAAGAUAGAACCCUUGAGGUUUUGAGUCUAUGGUUGUAUUACUUUAUCCAUAUGAGAAACAUUUGUAGAUGUGCAUUUGUUAAGAAGAACUACAUUUUGAGGUUGUAUUUUAUUUGAUUUCUGUUUUAUGUUUUGUAUCAACUAUUGCUAUGAUUACAGAGUCACUGGCUGCUCCUAGAUGACAUAAACAGUGCAAAGGAUAAGGCCUUUUAAUAUAUAUUUAUAGGUAAGUUGUUUUAUAUGAAGCCCAAAGGUUCUUUGAAGCCAAGCGGUAUGACACAGCAUUCAUAAUGGACAUUAAGCGCUGACAGAGCAACGCCAGCCCACUGACACGGCCUCCUUAGGAGCAUGGUUACAAAUCCAGGGCUCCUAGGCUGCUGAUUCCAGGCUUGUAGAGCUUGUCUUGCUGUAAUGCUCCAGCAGGGCAGGAAUGUUUUGGCAAAGCAGUGGAUCAUCAGUUAUCUGGAGUUUACAGGAGAGUUAUGUCCAAAAGCACAAUUUUUCAGUAUUUUCUUAGCAUUGUACUUUUAGGAAUGUAUGUACAUUUUGGUGUGUGUUUAUCAUCUAAAACUGAAAUGUUCUUUUUUCCCAUUAGUCUGUGAAUUCUUUGUUAGUAUGUGUACAGUAGAGUCUUUUUCAGUUUAACUUUACUGAACCUGCUACUGGAAAUCCUGAAGUGGGAUUAUCGAUUACCAGAAUACUGACGAUUGUCUCUCCUUAAUUUCCAUGCCCAUAAUGAUGUUCUGUACAGUGAUUAAAUGUUGGAGAAUGUCAUCGCAUUUGUAGCAUAUGUAAUUCUCUUUAAAGUGUGGAUGACACUGGAAAUAAACAGAGUGGUUUGAUACAGUC